AUGCUCGCCUUUCCCACUCUCACGCAAUCCCUGGUCUGGGCGGGGUUCAUGUCUCCGGCCCUGCGCGCAGCCGACGACACCAACGUGGCCAAAGUCUGCCAUGCGAUCAAGACACUGUCAUCGGUUGACCAAGUCCUGGCGAGCCGGCAGGUGAAACAAUCACACGGCCAAAUCCAAGACGGCCCGCCGCUGCCCUGGCCGCCAUUGCCACACGACCUUUUGGGUGUGGAUAUUCUGGCUUCACCUUUCUCGCCUCCCCCUGCAGACGGGAAUUUCCCAGCGUGGCAACAGUCUUUGGAGACUGCGACAGCAGAAGCCCUGGAGCCCUGGCUGCGGCCGGACGUGGGCAGCAAGGAGCUCCACGACGCAGCCGAAAUCGCCUCCCUUUGCCUUCGACGCCCGGAACUGCUCUCGGUUUACCUCAAAUUGGUCCAGAGACUGACGGAGGGCUGGCUGCCUUGGUAUCGCGCCGUCACCCGGGACAGCAGAAAGCGGUGGAUGGUGUUGGGAGAGAUCUGCGGCUGGGGGGAACAGGGGGAAGGUGGCUCCGAUGGUUCAGGCGGUUCAUGCGGUUCAGGCUCGGAUGAUUGA